AUGACCCUAAGACAUUUCAAGAGUCCAUUGGAUCUAUCCAAAAAUUGGAAACGUCAAGACAACAAGCCAAAGUUCUACAAGGGGGAAACAAGUCUACUACGUCACAGUCAUUCGUCGAAAGGUAUUCAGUCAAAAAACAGUCGACUAACAAACAUUUAUACAAUUUUAGAAGUUCACGUAGUAUCAGUCCGGGUAGGAGCCAGUCGAGAGGCAACCUCACCAGUCGAAGCCCACAUCAAGAAAAAAGAAGCCAGUCCAUGUCAUCGUUGUGGUCAAAUACACCGUGUCAGUUGCCCAGCCAUUGGAGUAAUCUGGCAACUUAUGCAGGAAACCAAACCAUUUUUCAAGGUAUGUCACACCAUUAAGAAAGUCAAUGCUCUCAGUCAGUCAGACUCCGAUGUAGAAAUAUUUGUAAAGUCAAAUUUUGUUGUG